AAAAUUUUAAAAAAAUAUGUAAAUGAUAGAAUUAAUUAUUACUUUUUAAAAAUUAUAUCUUAAAAUAAUACAAAAAUAUGGUAACCUGACAUGACAAUUGCUUAUUUCCAUCGAAAAAAUUAUGCGAAAAAAUGGCGUUUACUUUUUGCUUUUGUAGCGUUAACGCUGAUAAUUUGUUGGCAUGGUUUUACUAGCAAAGAUCAUACCGAGGAAAGUUAUCGAAGUCGUCGAUAUCUGCACGUUAUUAAAAGCUAUGAGGCAGAUUUUGAGUAUGUUAACAGUCCAGGUUUAAGGCAUGGUUUUGUUGCUAGGACAGAACAACAACUAUACGACAAUCAUUUGAAAAAAAAUUUUUUACCCCUAUCCACCGAUAAUUUUGUGUCAGAUAUAAAUUUGAAUACAUCGUCUAACAGUUUGGAAUCAGCAAACUUAACUGAAACAGUAAAAGAGAGCCAUGAAAAUAGCACGUGUCUUCUUCCUUCGAUUUCAGAGUUUCCCCCUGAUAUGUUUACUACAUCCCAGAAGAAACAUGGAGCAAUUAUAUUUCACGUGUUUAUUUCCAUGUAUAUGUUUGCUGGAUUAGCAAUUGUGUGCGAUUACUACUUUAUAUCAUCUCUGGAAGUAAUAUGCCACAAAUUAAAAUUACAGACAGACGUUGCGGGGGCCUCCUUAAUGGCAAUAGGAAGUUCAGCGCCAGAGCUUUUUGCAUCAUUGAUUGGAGUUUUCAUAACAAAAGGUGAUAUUGGAAUUGGAACAAUACUUGGAUCAGCUGUUUUCAAUGUUUUAUUUGUUCUUGGAAUCAGUGGCAUAGUUGCAAGCAAGGUUUUAAAACUAGCAUGGUGGCCCCUCACAAGAGAUUGUUUGUGUUAUGCGUUCACAUUAAUCGUUCUAACAAUUGUCAUUUUUGACGGAUCUGUAACAUGGAAAGAAGCUGCCAUCAUGUUACUAUUGUACGUUGCAUAUCUACUUCUUAUGUGGUACAAUGAAAGUAUAGAGAGAAAAUUUUACGACUAUAUAGGAGAUACCAAAACACGGGAUGAGCGAUUUACUACAAGAGAAGGAGAAAGAGUUACUUGGAAAAACACACCAGAAGAAAAUAAAAACGGAGAAACAGGGCACCAAAAAGAAGAAAUUUUCUAUGAAACUGAUACCUCAGAAUCAGAAGAAGACGUAUAUCCAAUAGAGGAACCUAAAAAGCUGUUUGAAUUUCCUACUAAUAUUUUAGAUCGAUUUACAUGGGUUUUGUUUUUUCCUCUUAAUGCCAUAUUCUUUUUUUCAAUCCCUGAUAUACGACGUCGUAACCUUCGAGGAUACGUAACAAUAACUUUCAUCAUUUCAAUUUUAUGGAUAGGUACUUUGACUUAUAUUCUUGUCUGGAUGGUUACGAUUAUUGGUUUCACAUUGGAUAUUCCUGAAGCUGUUAUGGGAUUAACCUUAGUGGCAUUUGGAAGUAGUUUGCCAGACGCAUUAUCAAGUAUUUAUGUUGCAAGAAUAGGCAAAGGAGAUAUGGCAGUUGCACAAGCGCUAGGAAGUAAUGUAUUUGAUAUCUUAUUUGGGUUAGGUUUACCAUGGCUAAUAAAAACAUUAAUUUACGAUUUGGAUUCUACAAUAGAGGUUCAAAGUGUAGGGAUGUUAGUUUCAAGUUUUAUCAUUUUCAUAUCAGUGAUUUGCACAUUGGCUGCUUUCCAUUAUCGUAACUACUAUCUUGAUAAAACUAUAGGUUACGGAAUGUUAUCUUCUUACGCAGUUUUUCUUGUGGUAUCUGUUUUAAUGGAAAUAUUUGUGUGGAGUAAAUACCAUCCUCCCACUUGUAAAUACAUUUAAAUUUUUUUGAUAAGUUUCUAUUUAUAUGGAAUGAAUCUAUUUGUAAAUAAAUUGUAAUGUCCAUGUAACUUACCUUAUUUUUUAUUCACCCUUGUACCUC